GAUUAUUUUCUCUUCGAAUUAAUAAAGUUUUCAGAAGCUAAGAUUAUAUAAUCAAGUAAUCAACGGGAUCGGAAUUCGACGCCAUGAAAAUCGUAGUGAAGGAGUCGACGAUGGUGCGUCCGGCGGCGGAGACGCCGCGCGUCAGCCUCUGGAACUCCAACGUCGACCUGGUGAUGAACAACUUCCACAUCACCUCCGUGUACUUCUACCGCCGCCCCGCGGCGGCGGACGGCAGCUUCUUCGACGCGGCGGUGCUGAAGGAGGCGCUCGGCCGCGCCACGGUGCUGUUCUACCCGAUCGCGGGGAGGCUGAAGAAGGAUGCGAACGGGCGGUUCGAGAUCGACUGCAACGCCGAGGGAGUGCUGUUUGUGGAGGCGGAAUCCGACGGCGUGGUUGAUGAUUUCGGGGAUUUUGCUCCCAGCUUGGAGCUCCGCCGCCGCCUAAUCCCGGUCGUUGAUUAUACCCAGGGAUUCUCAACGUACCCGCUUCUACUGUUGCAGGUAACGCAUUUCAAAUGCGGUGGCGUGACCUUGGGUGUUGGAAUGCAGCACCACGUGGCAGAUGGUUUUUCGGGCCUUCAUUUCAUCAACACCUGGUCCGAUAUGGCCCGUGGACUCGCCGCCGCCACAGUGCCGCCGUUCAUCGACCGAAGUAUCCUCUGCGCCCGUGAUCCGCCGCGGCCUCAGUUCGAGCACAUCGAAUACCACUACCCACCGAAACCCCCUGCCGACGAAACCACCACCACCGUUUCUCUGUUCAAGCUAACCCCCGACCAGCUGAACAACCUUAAAUCCAAGUUCAAAUCGUCGGACGAUGAAAUCAACAAUGCGGUAUCUUCUUACACCUCGUUCCAGAUGGUGGUGGCCCACAUCUGGCGGUGCGUCACUAGGGCCCGCGGGCUGCCGCGGGCCCAGGAGACCAAACUGUACAUCUCCACAGACGGGCGGUCCAGGCUCCGGCCCGCGCUGCCGCCGGGUUACUUCGGCAAUGUGAUAUUCACCGCCGCGCCGGUGGCGGUUUCCGGCGACAUACUGUCGGAGCCCGUGACGUACGCCGCCGGAAAAAUUAGGGCUGCGCUGGCCAGGAUGGACGACGAGUACAUGAGGUCGGCGCUCGAUUACUUGGAGCUGCAGGGCGAUGUUAAGGCAGUUGCUCGCGGGCCCCAGACGUUUACCUGUCCGGAUCUCGGGGUAAUCAGUUGGGUGAGGCUGCCGGUUUACGAUGCGGAUUUCGGGUGGGGUAAGCCUGUGUAUAUGGGGCCCGGCGGACUUGCUUACGAAGGGCGGUGUUUCUUGAUGCCGCCUCCUCCGGCGAACGAGGAAGGCGGAUUAUUGGUGGCGAUGUCGUUGCAGAAACAACAUGUGGAGAUUUUUAAGGAGCUACUCUAUGACAUUUGACAUUUGAGUGUGUGUGUUUGUGUGUGUGUUGUUUAAAUGCUUAUAAUUGUUUGUGUGCACAACUUUGGUAAUAAAAAUUUGGGUACAUUAUAUUUCCCCAUGCAUGCGAGAGCAAGAUGUUUAAUAAUUAUCUCUUUACACUUAAA